AUGGAACGUCUACCAGUACUCAUCAAGAGCAAUGGACAAUGGAAUGAAGAUCACAAUUAUGUGAACUAUGUGGCUAGUGGAGAAUUCAUACCAACAAAAUGCAACUACGAAGAGCUACUGCAAAUACUGCUUACUUCAUUGGGGUGCGAAAACACCUGCACAACACUACAAAUACAGUACCAAGCUAAAGAAGGAAUACCGCCGAUAAAAAUAUUCAACGAUCAAAGCCUCUACUUUUACUUGGAAUUGAAAAUCAAAGAAACAGAUUUCACCACAUAUCCACUAUGCGUCAACCAGCAAAACAACAACACAACACCUGCUGCAACACCAAAUUUGAUAUCCACAACAACACCGUAUGAAGAUAAUGUGGCAAUGAUCGAAAACAACACAACAACGCUUGAAAACAACAUAACAACAACAGAAUCAUACACAACGGGACAGCAAACAGAAGAAGGGGAACAGUCAGAAACAAUAGAAGAUGAGAACGACAAAUUCGACAUAAUUGACUAUGCAAAUCUGGUUGCUGAAGAAAUGGUAGAAAAACUUGAAAACACCAGUAAAAAACUGGAUCCAAAAAUCGACAUCAACAAUGCGAAGUUAAUAACAGACAAGCAUUACCCCGAAGUGGAAAAAGGACAGGCAUACAAAGACAAGGAAACUCUAAAGAAUGUCCUCAGCUACUACGCAAUCAAAAACAACUUUCAGUACAAAGUGUGGAAGUCUUGCUCUCAAGAGUACAGUCUGAAAUGUGUUUACGAAAGCUACAAUUGGUCUCUACGAGCAUCGAGAAAUGGCCCAACAAACACAUUCAUAAUCAGGAGGUUCUUAAAGAUCCACACAUGCCCCAUAAAUAUUAGGCAUGAAGACCAAAGGCAAGCAACAUCGAAACUGAUCGGGGAAAGCAUAAAACCGAAGUUCUUGAACAUAAAGACAAAGGCAACACCGAUGGACAUAAAAGGGGAGUUGAAAUACAGGUAUGGCAUCAAAAUGAACUAUAUGAAAGCUUGGAGAAGUAAGGAACAUGCAGUAAAUGACUUGAGAGGUAAUGCUAGUGACUCGUACAGCCUAAUACCGAGUUUCUUACACAUGGUGGAAAAAACAAACCCGGGAUCAUUUGUCGAUCUGAAAACAACAGAAGACAACAGCUUGCUCUUUGUUUUCAUGGCGUUGGAUGCAUCCAUAAAAGGGUGGGGAGCAUGCAGACCGAUAGUUGUUGUGGACGGAACGUUCCACAAAGCAGCUUAUGGGGGAACUUUGUUGUGCGCAUGCACACAAGAUGCAGCAGGUCAUAUUUUUCCACUAGCGUUUUGUGUUGCAGAUUCUGAGAAUGACCAAUCUUGGAAAUGGUUCUUCAAAAAAUUUAAAGAAGCGUAUGGGGUCCGGGAACACCAAUGCCUAAUUUCAGACAGGAAUGAAAGCCUCAUCAAAGCAGCAAGAGAAAUCUAUCCAGAAAUUACACACAGUUACUGCGGUUACCACGUUUUGAGCAACCUUAAAACAAGCUUCAAAACGACAUCUUUGCCAAAUACAAUCUGCCAUUCUUUGGAGCAGUCAAAGCCUACACAGAAAAGCAAUUCGAGUUCCACAUGGCUGAAUUGGAUGGAUUGGACAAACGCAUAA